AUGCAGAUUCAAUUCUUGGUCCAGAGAGUAAAGAUGCAGAUCCAGUUUCCGGACCAGAGAGUAAAGAUGCAGAUCCAGUUUUUGGUCCAGAGUCAAGAUGGAGAUCCAGUUUCUGGUCCAGAGAGUAAAGAUGCAGAUUCAAUACUUGGUCUAGAGAGUAAAGAUGCAGAUCCAGUUCCUGGUCCAGAGAGUCAAGAUGCAGAUCCAGUUCCUGGUCCAGAGAGUCAAGAUGCAGAUCCAGUUUCUAGUCCAGAGAGUCAAGAUGCAGAUCCAGUUUCUGGUCCAGAGAGUCAAGAUGCAGAUCCAUUUCCUGGUCCAGAGAGUCAAGAUGCAGAUCCAGUUUCUGGUCCAGAGAGUCAAGAUGCAGAUCCAUUUCCUGGUCCAGAGAGUCAAGAUGCAGAUCCAGUUUCUAGUCCAGAGAGUCAAGAUGCAGAUCCAGUUUCUGGUCCAGAGAGUAAAAAUACAAUCUAG